AUGACGCCACAACAACAGCAACAGCAACAGAGAGGAUUUCUUUUGCUCUUUUUGCUCUUCUUUUUCGUGUUAACUUCUGGCCCGGGAGCUGGAGAGUUGAGACAUAACGCGCGACGAAACCGCAUGGACAGUUUCCAGGAAGACAAGAAGAACUUUGAGUUGAAGAAAUCAAACGUGAAAGAUACAAUCAUAUUAGACUUGUCCAAAUCGAACGAGAUUUUGGAAUUAGAGAACAAGCAGUUGAAAAUAAGCGUGAUUGGAUUGAUGCAAAAGUUAAGAGAAACAGAGAGAGAAGGAGGAAAAGGAGAGAAUUUCAUAUCUGAGUUGAAGGAAGAGUUCAAUUUGACAAAAAUCUCUGGACUAGGCAGUGUUGGACCUUCUUCUUCUUCUUCUCCUUCUUCUUCGAGAGGGAGCAGUAGCACUAAAAGUAACGAAAAGGAGGUGAUAUUAGAACUCCCCGGUAGGACAUUAGAUGAUGCAAGGAUGCGGCACAAAGAAGAGGGAGAAGGAGGAGGAAGAGAAGGAGAAAGCGCUUCCUCGGGGCGGCAAGUUCCUCGACGCGCCUUUGUACCUUCUUCUCUUAAGUAG